AUGUGCACAUGGAAAGGUCGCUGGGAUAGUUUUUCUGGUACCAGAGAAUUAGGAUUUUUCGUUGACCCACUAUUAUCUGUGAAGCCUUCAUACUCUACGCGAUAUUUUAAAAAAGUGGAAACUGCCUUAACCCGAAGAAUUCGACCGGAUCUUGCUGUAUGGGAUUGGAGGACAGAAAAAGAAGCAUUUGCUGCUUUGAAAGCUUCAGUUCAGUCAAGAAAACGAGGAAAUAUUCGGAAGGCAGAAAACAUCAUACAACAUGCACUGGCGUUGGCACCAAAUCAUCCUGAUGUUUUGACCGAGUACGGCAUCGUAAUCGAAAUUGGACGAAAGGAUUUAGUGCAAGCCGAAGAGUACUAUACUCGAGCUCUCAGUUACAAUCCUCAUCAUCCUGAAGCUUUAAUGAGGCGAGCGAAGACGCUUCCUUUAGUCGAAGAAAUCGACAAAGAAAUGCUGAGGAAGCUUGAGAAGAAGCGUUCUUAUUUUUUGCAUAUACCAAGGACCAGCACAGCUUUGCGGCAGGUCAUGAGAGAAUCGUAUUUUCUGCACGUCUAUCAUACUGUUGCGAUUGAAGGCAAUACGAUGUCUCUUGGGCAGACAAGGUCGAUAUUGGAAACGAGGUUAGCGGUGGCCGGAAAAAGCAUCUUAGAACAUAACGAGAUAUUGGGGAUAGACGCGGCAUUAAGAUUCAUCAAUCAGAGUGUCCCGCACCUUCUUCAUAUCGCUGUUCAGGUACAUCUGCUUCGUCGAUCACGGAAUGAGUUAAUUUUGCUUUGCAGAAAUAUGGCUUCUGAUAAAAGGAUAUGUCACCACCCUCCGCUGUAACC